AUGACUCAUUUUGAUAUAUUAGGAGGGGGCCUUCUGACAAUUUCAACCGACGGCUUCGACCAGAACCACACCACCGCCGCCACCACUUGCCACCGCCUACCACUUCCCAAUCACCUCAUGCCUUCUUCGUCUUCUUCUCCAUCCCCUUCUCAACCAAAAGGACCUGUUUCCUCCUCCUCCUCUGUCCCAGCUCAGAGACCGGGGAUCAUCAGAAGCGGCAGCGAUGUUAACAGCCCACGGCGGCUCACGCGCCAGGGGAGGCUGAGCAAGGAUGUGAUUUCCUACUCCGUCCCGGAGAAGUCUCGCUCAUCGCCCACGUCUCCUGAAUAUUCGACCCGUAAAUCACGCUCUCCCAGUGCCGCCGAGUCGGCCUCGACCCCUAGUUCUCGCUCCUCGGUAGGUGACUCGGCCCGGAAGUCAUGCUCUUCUUCUUCUUUCGUCGCUGGGCCUCAAGGAAGCCCACAUCCCCUGCCGCUCCCGGAAUUUCCGGUGACCAACCGGAGACCCGACUGCGGCUCUAAAGAUAACAACUUCUUCAGCAGGAAGAGGACUGAUCAAGCGGGAACAACCUCAUCGUCGGCGAAAGCAUCCAAGAAUUACCGCCAAGAUGUAAAGGGUGGGGAUGGUGUUUUCUACUUCAACUGGUUGAAUGUUCCAUCUAGGACUAAAACGGAGUGUGCUCCACAGUUGAGCCAACGGGGUCAUCAUCCUGUUAGCCCACAAAGAGCAAAGACGAUGGAUUUUUUGCCUACACAUUCUUCAUAUGUUGCGGCGAACAAUUACAACAGGGGAAUGGGAAUGAGAGUGUCAACGGAGGCUAACUUUGAACGUGAAAGUUACAACUUGAGCAGGAGUGCUCCAACUAGUGUUUUCUCAAGUCCUGCAGUUAGCCCCCGCAGAUCAAACGUUGCGGAUCCUUUUCCUUUUUUCACACCUCAUCAGGAGAAAUAUCAGGAUGGUGGUGCUACUUUCCCUUCAUUGUUGUUGUCACCCAAGAAAACUACACCUACGCUUAGUCCCAAUCAUUCUCCACUUCAUAGCCCUACGCCUCGAAGUCCACGCUUCAGCCCCAAUGCUUCAAACUACGACACUAAUAGUCUUGCCACUGCUCACCCGUUGCCUUUGCCUCCUGGAGCCGCGGUGGCACCACCACCGCAAUCUAUCGUUAUGCAUCAAAAUGUUGCACCGAAUGUAGCUGUGACGUCAAUGAAAGGGCAGUGGCAGAAGGGGAAACUUAUUGGACGGGGUACCUUUGGUAGUGUUUAUCUUGCAACCAACAGAGAAACUGGGGCCUUGUGUGCCAUGAAGGAAGUUGAUCUCAUUCCUGAUGAUCCUAAAUCUGCAGAAAGUAUCAAGCAAUUGGAACAGGAAAUUAAAGUCCUCCGCACACUAAAGCAUCCAAAUAUUGUGCAGUAUUAUGGUAGUGAAGUGAUUGAUGAUCAUUUCUACAUAUAUUUAGAAUAUGUUCACCCUGGAUCAAUAAAUAGAUAUGUCCAAGACCAUUUUGGAGCCAUGACGGAAUCUGUAGUUCGCAAUUUUACCCGCCAUAUCCUCUAUGGGUUGGCUUAUUUGCAUGACACGAAGACAAUUCACAGGGAUAUUAAAGGUGCAAAUUUGCUUGUUGAUGCAUCAGGCGUCGUCAAACUUGCCGAUUUUGGGAUGGCAAAACAUCUUAGUGCACAUUCAUAUAAUCUUUCUUUGAAGGGCAGCCCGUACUGGAUGGCUCCUGAGGUCAUAAAGGCUGUGAUUCAGAAUGAUGGUGAUCCUAAUCUUGCUUUGGCUGUUGAUAUAUGGAGCUUGGGUUGCACCAUCAUUGAGAUGUUCAAUGGAAAACCGCCUUGGAGUGAAUUUGAAGGGCCACAAGCUAUGUUCAAGGUUCUGCACAGAACCCCGGAUAUACCAGAAAGAUUAUCUGCAGAAGGAAAAGAGUUCCUAAGUUUGUGCUUCAAAAGGAACCCUGCAGAGAGACCAUCAGCCAAGAAGCUACUCGAUCAUCCUUUUGUACGAAUUUCAAAUGACCAAAAUGUCUCAUCUUAUAGUCGAGCUUUUUCUCUGGUAAACCUAAUGGACAAACUGAAUAGCCCGACGGACCACAUAAAGCAAAAACUUGGUCGAGUGUUGGUCGGUUCACGCACUUCUAAUUGAGAGGUGAAAGAACCUGGAUCGUUGAAGGUGAUGCAUCCAUGUCCAUGACUGCAGCCCCUUGUUCAAAUUGAAGCAUCCUGUGCAUGUUUUGAACCAUUAUACUUCUGCUAUGGUUGAUGGUUAUGGAUGAAAUGCAUGGUGCAGCUGAUUUGAGAUUUUCCAUUGCCUAUUUUAUCAGCAUGCAAUGGGAUCUGGAUUUGGAAGCAGCUGGUUAUAUGAGUAUGAUCAAGUUGAGAAUUUUCAACCUUGUGUUCAUAAAUCAUCGAUCCUUGAGGAGACAACUGAUUUGACGAGUAGCUAGCUAAGACUUGUAUUCUUUAGGAAGAAAAUAGAUGAAUGUACACAUAGACGGGUGUAGUCAUGUUAAUCUGUAAAUAUUGAUUUGUAUGGCGUCUCUCAAAAGAAACUCUUUAACUUAAUUUACAAACCAAUAAUUAUUUUAAAUUGAAUAUUUUCUAUACC